CUCGCCUCCUCCGGGACUUCCGGCGCCUCUCGUGGGCGCCAGCAUGGACCGUAACCCGUCCCCUCCUCCGCCUAGCUGCAAUCAGGAGGAUGGGGAGGAUUUGGCCGGGGGAGACUGCAUUGGAAGUACAGUCUACAGCAAGCACUGGCUCUUCGGAGUACUCAGCGGACUCAUCCAGAUUGUCACACCUGAAAGUGCCAAGUCCGGCUCGGAUGAUGAUGAGCAACAGAUGGAGCUCGCUGAGGAAACGGAGAACGAAAUCUGCAGAGUCUGGGAUAUGUCCAUGGAUGAGGAUGUGGCUUUAUUUCUACAAGAAUUUAAGGCUCCUGAUAUAUUCAUGGGAGUGCUGGCCAAAUCCAGGUGUCCCCGAUUAAGAGAAAUCUGCGUGGGAAUUUUAGGGAAUAUGGCUUGUUUCCGGGAGAUAUGUGUGUCCAUCAGCAGCUGUGAAGAUCAUGGGCAGGUGCUUCUGCAGUGUUUGUGCGACUCAGACCCACCCACUCUGCUGGAAACCAGCAGGUUGUUGCUUACUUGCCUUUCCCAGGCAGAAGUGGCCAGUGUCUGGGUUGAAAGGAUCCGGGAACAUCCGUCCAUUUAUGCUAGCGUUUGCUUCAUCAUGUCAAGUUCAACAAAUGUUGACUUGUUGGUGAAGGUGGGGGAGGUCGUGGACAAGCUCUUUGACUUGGAUGAAAAACUCAUGUUGGAGUGGAUUAGAAAUGGGACUGCCCGACUUCCGGACCAACCCCAGGAGGACUCCGAGGAGCAGCCAGUAUUUUCUAUUGUACCCAGUAUACUGGAAGCUGCCAGACAAAUACGUUCUGAAAACCUGGAAGGGCUGGAUGUUUACAUGCACAUCUUACAGCUGCUCACCACAGCGGACGAUGGGAUUCAAGCAAUUGUGCAGUGUCCUGAUACCGGAAAAGACACAUGGAAUUUACUUUUUGACCUGGUGUGCCAUGAAUUCUGCCAAGUUGGUGACCCACCCAUCAUCCUGCAGGAGCAGAAGACAGUGCUGGCCUCGGUCUUCUCCGUGAUGUCUGCCAUCAGUGCUUCAUGGGCUGGACAGGAGCACCCCAAGAGGGAAGAAGUGAAUCUUCCUCUAAUUGACAGCCUAAUUCGGGUGUUACAAAAUAUGGAACAUUGUCAGAAGAAACCAGAGAACUCCACAGAGUCCGACCCAGAGGAGCCUACAAACUGUGGUUCAACCCAAGAUGAGUUCCAUAUGAAGAUCCUGAAGGAUAUUUCGUGUGAAUUCCUUUCUAAUAUUUUUCAGGAAUUAACAAAGGAAACUGUGGCUCAGGGACUGAAGGAGGGCCAGUUAAGCAAAGAGAAAUGUUCCUGUGCGUUUCAGAGCCUCCUGCCCCUCUACAGCCCUGUGGUGGAAGACUUCAUUAAAGUCCUACGUGAGGUUGAUAAGGCUCUUGCUGAGGACCUGGAAGAAAGCUUCCCCAGUGUGAAGGCUCAGACUUGAGACCCAAGUUGGAGUUCCUGCUCUCUAAGCAAUAAACUGUUUCCUAUGCUUUGAA